AUGUCAGAAGACCAAGUUAACGAAACCAAUAAUGUAUGUGAGUCUUAAAAACCUGUUGAUAUUUAAGGUGAUCCACCAUUAAUUGAUCAAAAAGUAACUCAAUCUACUUAUGGAAAUGAUGAUGUACCUAUUGGCAAAUCUUAAAACAAAUAAAUGUUUGACGAAUUUCCACCUGAAGGUUUCGUCCCUAAAAAGCCAGCACCUAAAAAGGCAGCCAAAAAACCAGUGCAAGCUCCUCCUGUUGAAAAUGAUGAACCUAAAGUUGUAAUUAACCCUGAUGAUAUACCGAUUAAAUAAGCAGGAGCAAAUGUAGUAGACGAAUAGCCUGUUGGUGGAGGCAACAAAUUUGCAAUUAGCGAAUAUCCUGAAGGAAUGGAAGGAGGAGGAGAAGAAAUGCAAUAGACAGUCCUCCCAUUAGCUUAGCGCUUGAAGUCAAAAGCAUGGAAAUUAAGACAAAGUGCUUUUGAGGAAAUGGCAGAACUGUUUCAAAAAGACGAAUCUGUUGAUGAAUACUACGAAGAAUGGCCUAAAUUAAUCAAUGACAAUAAUCCUGGAAGUUAAGAAAAAGCUUUGAUAGCCCUUUAAAUAUUUAUUGCUAAGUCUAACAAAAACUAAUUUGCAGCUAGAUUUGAUGCUAAAGACUCUAUUAGAAUGUUAAUUGAUAAAUGCAUAGCACCAGGGAAGAAAUAAAUAGUCAAACUUAGUUAUGAAAUUUUAUUUGAUAUUUUUGAAAGAAGAGACAAGUAAGAAAUGUUUGAUGUAGUUAUUGAAAUGUUGAAAAACAAAGUGCAAAAAGUAUAAUGUGCUGCCAUUCAAAGCUUAGUUGAACUAUUGACUACAUUUGGUCCUAAGAGAUUAGAUUAUUUGAAACCCUUUUUUCCAGAAAUUGAGAAGUUAUCUCAAUCUACGGUUUCUUCAAUUAAGACUGAAUGCAUGAACUUUUACAAGGAAGCACACAAAUGGUUGGGCGAACCAAUUUUAGCCCCCUUCAUUAAAGGAUUAAAAAAAUUGCAGUUGGAGGAAUUAGAGAAAUUUCAAAAAGAAUGGCAACCUGUUCCAAUGGUGCCAACAAGAGGAGGAGAUGCUGUAACUGUUGGACAAGGAGGUGGAGCUAAUAAUGGGUUAGAUGCAUAUGAUUUGGUUGAUGCAGUUGAUAUCUUCAAUAAAUAUAAUGAAAAAUGGUGUGAUAAGGUCUUGGCCUAGACUAAAUGGAAUGAAAAACAAGCCUUGUUAGAAUAACUGUUAAAAGAGGCAGCUACUCCUAAACUAGCUCCUGGUAACUAUGUCCCAAUGAUUGCUAUGAUUAAAAAGCUAUUGGUGGAUUCUAAUUAGGUAAUAAAUGUAUGUGCUAUUAAAUUAUGCGGAGCCUUUGUUAAGGGUCUUAGAAAAAACUUUAUUGCUUAAGCAAAACUUCUGUUCCCUCUUUUGAUGGUUAAAUUAAGAGAGAAAAAAAAUAUUUGCUAAGAAGCAAGAGCUGCUUUGGAAUUAUUUCAUUACUGUUUAUAAGUGGAAGAUGUUGUUGAAGAUUUCAAGGAAGGACUUGCUGACAAAAAUCCUUAAAUGAGAACUCAAUGUCUGCUAUUAUUUGCUAAACUUGUUUAAUUGAAAGGAUUUCCACAAGGAGCACCUAAGCCUAAAUUUGUAGAUUGUGUCAAACAAAUAUUACCAUUAGCAAAGAAACUAAUUGAGGAUAGUGUUCCAGAUGUAAGGGAGGCAUCCGUAUAGAGUCUAGGCACUCUGAAACCUUAUCUGUCAGACUAAUUAAUUAAUUCCUUUUAUUCAGAUAUUGGAUAAUAAAAAUUAAGCAAAAUCAAUGAAAUCUCAGGUCAAAUUGAAGAGGAGAAGAAGAAGGAAUAAAUUAAAAAGUAACCUCCAUAAACUAAAGAAUAAUAAUCAGCUUCGUAAAUUCAACAAUCUACUAUACAAAACAAUUCAAUACAAUAGGGAACUGCCAAGAAACCUCCACUUUAUUCAAAAAGUAACAUUGUCAUUACUGAACAACCAGAUUAAAGUGUGGAUCAAUUAGAAAAUUAAUUAAGAGGUUAUGGAGUUGAUGAUCAAUUCUUUGAGAAUAUAAAUGGUAUGGCUAAAUUAAAGGCUGAAGCAAUUAAAAUGCUUGAAAAUGAAACAGAUGUUAUGCAAAAUCAUUUUGAAGACAUAUUGAACUUCUUAAGAUUCAAAUUGAAGGAUUGGAAAGAAGCAAAUCUUUCAAUCAACAAGGAACUGUUCUCUAUUUUAAUCUAUGCCAACAAUUUGGACCCUAAGCCUUUUACUCAAAAAUCAUUUUAGCCUUUAUGCAAACUACUGGUAGAAAAAAUGACUGAUUCCAAAUUUAGAGAAGAUAUCUAUAUCAUUUUGAAGGGAUGUUGUGAAUGCGUCAAUCCAAAAUAUAUCAUAUUGUAUUUGAUGACUUAAGCUGUGCCAAAGGAAGACAAGGAAAGUGGUAAAGUUACUGGCGAAGUAAUUAACAAUAUUUCAAAGAUCAUUGAAAUAGUUACUAUUCGAAAUGUCCCCACUAAAGAAAUUAUAGAUUUCGGCAAAGAAUAAUUGCAAUCAACAAAUGCUAUUGUCAAGACUUCUUGUGUAGAACUGUUUAAGACUAUUUAUAAGUAUAUUGGUUAAGAGUUACUUUAAUUUUUAUCAGAUGUUUAGCCACCAACUAUGAAAACACUAAACUCUGAAUUCGAAAAAAUAUCAGUGUUAGCCUCUUAUGAACCUACAAUCACUUUUACAGGAGAAGCAGCUAAAGAAUGUGGAGUAAUACAAUCUCAACCCUUAUCUUAAUCAAUUAUGCAAUCUACAUAAUCAUCCAUUAAUGAUAACUUACCAAGAGCUGACAUUUCAAACUAGUUAUAAUCAGUCUUAAAGAAAAUGGCUGAUGUCUAAUGGAAUAAGAGAAAGGAGGGAAUUGAAGAAUUAGAUAAAAUAUUAACACUCAAUAAUAAUAGAAUCUAAAUAAAUGGAUUACACGAUUUAAUCAAUAUGUUAAAACAAAGAUUGAGUGAUAACAAUAAAUAAUUAGUUAGACCUAUUGUACAAAUUGUGGGUAGAGUUGCCGAAGCUUGUGGAAAAGAUUUUAAAUCCUCAGGCAAUGAUAAAUAAGUAUUAGUUAGGUAGGAUGUUGUUGCUAGUUUAGAUAAAUUUUGUAUAGCCAUUGGAAUUGAUUAAGUAGUUUUGUAAAUGCCUCCUUAUUUAUAGAUGGAGUCUAUUGAGUUGAAAUAAGAAGUUUUGUUAUUCAUUAUGAAAUACAUUGAAGCUUUACUUAAAAUAGAUUACAAACCAUUCAUAUUACCAUUAAUUAAUUGUCUUUGUGAUAGAGUAAAAGAAGUUAGAUAGGCAGCCGAAUAAGUUUGUGAAAGAAUGGUUGAAGAUGUGGGCACAGAUCCAUUUUUAAAUUAAAUGAAAGAUCUAAAGCCUGCAGUUGUUUAGUAAGUGAGGCUAUUCUUCGCUAAAUUUGGGAUGGGCGAGAAUUAGAAGACACUUCAAAAAGAACAGGGAAAACACCAAAAGGAAAACAAUAAUAAUUACAAUAAAAGAAAUUUAACUACAAAAGAUUUACAAAAUGAUUUAAAUACUUCUCAAGAACCAAAAUAAAGAAAUGAAAGAACUCCAAAUAAAUCAUUACAUCAAAAAUCUCUCAAAACUUUACCAUAAGAUAAUACUCCUUUAAGACAAUAAAAAGAAAAGGCAGUCUUCUAAGACAACAACAGUUUAAUUGCAAAAAGUUCAAGCAUUAAGGAAAUGAAAUAACUAAGAAUGCAAUCAGACUCAGUAUAAUCAUGGGCUAAUGAUUGCUUUCCAAUUAGCACAUUUAGUGAUCUCUAUGUUUGUUUAAGAGAGGAUCUAUACAAUAAUCUGAUGUCAUACAAUUAUAAGGACGUUAUGAAAGGCUUAUAAUAAUUGAUGACUGUUUGGAAUGAUCCUGAAUAAAAAUCAGAUAUAAUUGAAUUAAGUGAUUUACUUCUCAAGUUUGUGCUUGUUAAAAUAUAUGGUUGUUCUGCCAAUCAACUACUGAUGAAUGCCUUGAUUAGCUUCUUAGAUGCCUUCUUUUAAACAAUCUCAAAAGCAAGGUAUAUCUUAACUGAAGUAGAAUAAAUCGUGACAAUCUCCAUUAUAAGAGAAUUGAUCUACGCUGGAGUUGAUGUCCAUCUAGAAUUAAUACAAAAUUUACAAUAUGUAUUCUCAGUUGUGAUAAUGUUGGAAAAACUUCUGCAAUUAUUAAAAAUUAAUCCUUAAGUUAUGCAUCCAUUUUUAAUUGAUUAAAGGGAUAGAAUUAAUACUCAAUUAUGCAAUUUAAUCAUCUAAGGUUAAUUGGUCAGAUACUUUCCUUAGGAUCUAUUCCAAGAAUAUUCAUAAUAUCUCACUAAAGAAUUACAAAAUGAACUCGUAGCUUUACAUGGAUAUCAUUCUAUUAGAAGAUACAAUUAAUAAUAGUAGCCAGAUUAACAAUAAUAAUAACCAUCAUAAUUAUAAUAAUAAUAACAAGUGGUUUAAUCAACCUAGUAAUAAUAAUAAUAAUAAUAAUAUUAAACUGGGAAAUAACCAAUUAUAUAAGGUAUUGUACAAUUAUAAUCGGCAAAAGAUCCAAGAUCACAGUACUUCUUGUAAAUUUUAGAUUCUCUUCUUAGUUAAUAAACCUCUCAAAAUAUAGAAUCUUUAAUGUAAAUUAGCGAUUUGCUUACCCAAAACAUUUAAUAAAAUUAAUAAUUAUUUGUUGAUAAUGCUGAGGCAAUUUGCAAAUGUUUUCAGACUUUAUUAUAAAAUACUUUUAACUAAAGAGAAACAUACCCUGCUUAGUUUAUAUAGUUCUUCUUAUAAGCAUUGAAUAAAUUGUAUUAGCUAAAGGCUUAUGUAAAUUAAUUACCAUAUGAACUAUUAUGUGGAUUUACUGAAGAGAUUAUGCUUAGGUUGUUAUUGGAAGACGAAUUGAAGAAUCAGUAAGAAAAUGGAGAUGCUAUUAAGCAACUUAAUUCUACUAUUCUUCGUAUCUUAGAAAACAC